GGGUACAUCCUGACGCUGCCGAAGGUUUUAUGGGGCAACGUGACAGUAUCUGCUCACCUCAACCUCUUCAAUGUCGCUGACGAGGGAUCCAUCACCCUCAAGUUCAUGCGAAUCGAUUCCAACGUCACGAUUUGGGAGCAGACCGAAAAAAUCAAAGGCGAGGCUUCGAAGUCCGUGCCGUUGUACGUGCCAUGGGUGUCCGAAUCCCAAAUGAUGCAACUGAAGAUCGAGGGAAGAUUCGGCACUCUGUCACUGCCAUCGUACACGAUCGAGAAUACUCAAAACGUGUACGUGGAGGCUCGACCCUGGAUAACGUUCAUCCAGCCUGACAAGGAGUUGUAUUUGCCCGGCCAGCUAAUCCGUUUCCGGAUCCUCUCCGUCACGCCGGAUCUGCGUCCGAGCCUCGAACCGAUUGCCGACGUUUGGCUCGAGGACACGACGGGUACUCGCGUCGCACAGUGGAAAAAUGUGCCCGUCAUCGCCUACGUGGGCAUAGCUCAAAUGGAGUUCCAACUGUCCGAAGAACCACCACAGGGAACCUGGUUCAUAAAAGCGAAAGUCGACGGACAGACAGAGAUGAAAACGAUCCAAGUCUCAGAAUAUGUCUUGCCGAAAUUCUCAUUAACUAUCGUGCGUCCAGACGUCGUCCUUGCAAAUGCUGUGUCCAUUCCUAUUGAAUUUUGCGCCAAAUAUACCCAUGGGCAACCCGUGAAAGGAACGCUGAAUGCCGAAAUUUCACCGCGGACUUACGGGUACAACAUCACGGAAAAGCGGCUGCAGGUGAAAAUAUCGGAUCAACAGAUAUCCGGAUGCCACAAAGUUGUGCUGACAGAGGCCGAGAUGGGUAUGGACAACGGGAGGUUGCGUCCUUACGGCAUACAAAUCGCCGCUUCCUUCAAGGAAGAAGGCACAGACGUCAAAGACGACGCUUCUGCUUUGCUCAGCUUCUUGUUCCACGAGGUCGAGCUCAACUUUUACAAGGACACGCCGCAGUUCUUCAAACCCGGUUUGGAUUUCGACGGCAGGGUCAGAGUUCAGUCGGCUUCGACGAGUCAGGCCGUUUCCGGAGAGAAAAUCGAGAUUUGUGUGUCCGGAAAGCAGCCGACCGGAGGGUUUCAGUGGACGCCGUUCGGAUGUAAAAACCUGACCUCAGGCGAAGAUGGUUACGUCAAGUUCACUGUGCCGCCGGUGUCUUCAAACUUCACCGAACUCACCGUUUCCGCGAAAGCUGUGGACAGGCCGAACCAGGCGUACCCAAAGGAACAGCAGCGGUGGGGCGACAGGAUGUCGCAGGCAGAGUCGUCGCACUACGUCAAGGCCUGGUUUUCCCCGUCGGAGUCCUACAUCAAGUCGGACUCGGACAUCGUCGGGUCCCUGCCCUGCAACUCCAAGGCCAGCAUCCGCAUCCACUUGGUCACCACGUCCGACCCACCCGAUCAUUUAUACUACGAGGUCAAAUCGCGUGGCAGCAAAGUACAGCAAAGCAGAUUUGCUUUGCCGGCCAACACGGAAACUGUACCUGAGUCCGCACACUCCGUUCAACGCAUUGAUUUGAACUCGUCGUACGUUUUCGACUCAAAAUCAAAUGUGACAAAGUUUUCCGGCAUUCUGAUCGUGGACAUCACUCCCGAAAUGUCUCCGUUGGCCAACGUGGUCAUUUAUUAUGUCCGCAAGGACGGGGAAGUCGUGGCUGAUUACAUCAAGCUGUCCGUCGAGAAGUGCCUUAGUCAUCAGGUUUCCCUGCAAUGGAGUAAAGUAGAGGAUUACCCUGGUGCAUCUGUUCAAUUCACGGUGAAAGCUGAGCCUGAAUCUGCAUGCGGAAUCCGAGUCGUCGACAAGAGCGUCGAUCUUCUCAAGUCCUCCCAGCAGCUCAAUCUGAACAACGUUUUUUCUCAGCUCAGCCGCUUUUCUGAAUCCUAUUCAGGGCCUGUUAUCAAGGAUGACUGGGAGUACUGUCAAAAACGCAUGAAUGAAAGGACGACAACUACGACGACGACAACGACAGAAGCGCCGACAACAGAAGCGACGAGUACGACGGACUCGAAGUCGUCAGAAAAAACUGCGUCGACGACUACUACAGCACCAACAAGACCAGUUCCUCCGAUCUCAACCCCUCACAUUGUGCCAUUGAAAAAUAAUUUUUCUUCAUUUGUUUAUUUAUUCAGAAUGCGGGAAUUCUGGCCAUGA